ACCAUAUGGAUUCUGUAAAUAAUUAACAAUAUGUACAUACAGUUCUAGUGAUUAUAAACAAAUAAAAAAGUCUAAAUAAUUAGUAGCAAACAGUUUUUAUUAGACUAAACAUUGAACAACCGAGAAAUAAUAAUAGUUUUUUUUUUAUUUAUACAUACAAUUUACUGCUAAUAUAUUCAAUAUAAAACAUAGAAAAAACUACAACUAAAAUGACUUCAACUUGUGAAUUUCAACUAAAUAAUUCGAAUGCAGUUUAUUAUAGUGGUGAUACGGUUAGUGGUACGAUCAUUUUGAAAACUAUUUCUCCCGUAGUUGUAAGAGAUAUAUGUAUAAUUUUUCGUGGUGAAGGUAAGGUAAAUUGGAGUGAAACAGAAAGACGAAAAAAAUCAAAUGGUACUUACGAAAAUCGUACGGUCUAUUUCAAAUCAAAUGAGCUUUAUGUGAACAAUACUACAACUCUACACGGUAAAAGAACAUUGCCUGCAGGAACUCAUACAUAUACAUUAAACAUACUUCUACCGUUACAAUGUCCCACCUCGUGCGAAGGACGCUGGGGUCAUAUACGUUAUGAACUUAAGCUUAAACUUAAUAGACCUUCAGAUUAUGAUAUUGAUUUUAGUAUACCUUUAAGUAUAAUUGAACGAAUAGAUUUAAAUUUAAAUCCUGCUUUUAGGAUACCCAUGGAAAGUGAUGAUAUUUUCAGUUCCUGUUGUUGGUCUUGUUCGGGUGGUAGUAUUAAUACCACACUUACCAUUCCGUUUAGUGGCCAUGCCAUCGGUCAAACAGUCAAGUAUUCUCUUUAUAUUAAAAAUCAAACAAUGGACGAUAUUUAUGGUUACACAAUAGAAUUUAUACGUGAUAUCACAUAUACAGUCCGUACGCCUUAUUAUAAAACACGACUAGAUAAACGAAUUCUAGAGACAAAGUCCUACAGUGAUCAAUGUUUACGUUUAAGUACACGUAUUUUUGAAGGAAAUUUUAAUAUAGGUUCUACACCGCCCACCACCGAAAAUAAUAGUAUUAUAGAUGUGCGAUAUUCAUUAAAAAUUGAUUUAAAUAUAGAUAAUUGUUCGAGUGAUAAUAUCAUAACUGUACCUAUAUUUAUUGGUACCAUACCACUAAGAGCGGCAACGUCAGAUGUUAUGGACAACGAAACUUUUAUAGGUGUGAUAUCGGAGAAUGACCAAAGAGGCACUGAUUUACCUCCAAGUUAUCAGGAAUUAGGUCCACCCACAUUCGAAGAAGCCAUACGCUGCAACUCACCCUUUAUAGAUAUUGAUGGUAAUGAUCAUAAUCGUCAUGUUGACUUUAGGCCAUUAUAUCCUUUGUAUACUCAUAACUAAGUUACCUCAUAUUACUCUAUGCAUUUGAAUUUGUUCGGAUCUGUUACGGAAUUCUCUUCCGAUUGGAAAUGUAAUGUUGAUUUAUUGAAAUCAAGAUAAUUUUUAUUAAUAAUUUUUAGAUCGGAAUGUGUGACACUCCUGUAUAUUAAGGUCGUAUAGUUUUUGUUGUUUUUUGUAAAUUUUCAAAUAAAAAUAUAUAAAACCAAAAA